UGUUUUUUCAAUACCAGCCGAGCUCCUCGCUUUGUAGCAGGCUGGCUGGCGUUUCUUGCCUCCUGUCUACCAUCAGUCUAAGAACCGCGCUCCACAUAUCAUGUAUACCCACAGAAAAUACUCGUAAACCGGCUCCAGGAGACGGCAAGACUGCCUGGACACCGACACCGGAUUCGGUGGAGGUUUUGUGAUCGACUAACCCGAGCCGCUUGUGCCGUGUCCGCAGCAUUAGGGCUCAUGGAGCUGGAGACCAGACACCUGCUGUGCACCAGGGAGCUCGAUCCAUGCCCGGUUCCCAGUAAACAAACAUAAAGGGUGGGAACCUUACUGGCCCUCUACUUCCUUUACCCCCAUACCCAAAAAUCGCCCCUGUGGUUAUCUUGUCCUCUCCCUUCUGUGGCCCCAGCAUGAUUGGCAAGCUGAAACAGAACUUGCUGGUGGCCUGUCUGGUCAUCAGCUCGGUCACAGUUUUCUACUUAGGCCGCCAUGCAAUGGAGUGUCACCAUCGCAUCGAGGAGUACAGCCAGCCAGGAGGAAUCCUGCCUUUGUCUGGGCUGGGAGGCAGCAUGCGGACCACCUUACGGACAGGCCAGAACCUCAGCAUGCCGUUCAUUUACAGCAAAGACAUGCCGCUCAUUUUCAUCGGUGGCGUACCCCGUAGCGGGACCACACUAAUGCGAGCUAUGCUGGACGCCCACCCCGAGGUCCGCUGUGGUGAGGAAACUCGCGUCAUCCCACGCAUCCUGGCCAUGAAACAGAUGUGGAGCCGCUCGGGUCGGGAGAAGAUGCGCCUGGACGAGGCUGGCGUGACUGACGAGGUGCUGGACGCCGCCAUGCAGGCCUUCCUGCUGGAAAUAAUCGUCAAGCACGGUGAGCCCGCCAACUUUCUGUGCAACAAGGACCCAUUUGCACUGAAAUCUCUUUCCUACCUGGCCAAAAUAUUUCCCCGUGCCAAGUUUGUGCUCAUGAUUAGAGACGGUCGGGCUUCGGUCCAUUCCAUGAUCUCGCGAAAGGUGACCAUUGCUGGGUUUGACUUGGGGAGCUACAGGGACUGCCUGACCAAGUGGAACCGGGCCAUAGAGACGAUGUACACUCAGUGCCUGGACGCUGAAGACAAAUGCCUGCCUGUGCACUAUGAACAAUUGGUGCUGCAUCCUGAAAAAUGGAUGAGGACACUGCUGAAGUUCCUUGAUAUUCCCUGGAAUGAUGCCGUUCUCCACCACGAGGAGCUCAUAGGGAAAGCUGGAGGAGUGUCCCUCUCCAAGGUGGAGAGGUCCACAGACCAGGUCAUCAAGCCAGUUAAUGUGGAGGCCUUGUCCAAGUGGGUGGGAAAGAUCCCAGCUGAUGUGGUGAGGGACAUGGCCGUCAUCGCCCCUAUGCUGUCCAGGCUAGGCUAUGACCCACAUGCCAAUCCCCCAAACUAUGGCCAACCUGACCCCAAAGUGCUGGACAACACUAGAAGGGUCUAUAAAGGUGAAUUUCAGCUCCCAGAUUUCCUAAAAGAACAGCCACAGAUCCAGAAGGCUGCAGAGAGACCCAAUCCCAGUUAGGAGCAGAGGCAGCGUGGGCACCAAAACACACAGGACUCGCUGCAAAGGAACAGCGCAUCGCCGAUAUCGUCUCAGUCAUGUCACAGCCCUGUUCAGCUUUGGCACAUCUCAAGUGUCACAUGACCACAGCUGGGACACGCCCCCCCAAUAUAUAAAUAUACACACACACACACAGGUGGGCUGCGACCACUCCUUGUCAUCAGAAGUCUCGGCCUUCAGCAUUGUACUGUACAAAAACAUGGAUGUCAGCGCCACUGAAUGUCUGCUGGUCGUCGUCUCAUGUCGCGUCAUGCUCAUCAGCUUGUAGAAAUCAUUUCUGGCCUUUUAGAGGAAAAGUAUUUAUGAAUGGGGAAAAUUAGCUUUUGGAAGAUGCAAUACCUAUUUUGAUGAUGAUUUCCUUUUUUUAUUGUUUUUCAUGCCGUUGUAUUGUGCAAUGUCAUGGGUACUGAUCAGUUUGACGUAUCAACCGUGAUAAAAGAUGCUUUUUUUUAAACAAA